AUUGAGCAUUUGGAUUACCAACCUGCAGGACUAUGGACAGUGCCUUCGGGGCACGGACAGGAGGAGACAGCUGCUCCGACUUGCCAAUCCUUCCUUGCAUAAUAAUGGCUACUGUCAUGACGCCUCCCUGAAAAACAUUAGAUGGAUUCAAUUUUGAGCUCUGGUUUCCAUGCGGACAGAGCCCUCGAGGGGCUUCUGAGCAACGCAGCUUGGACAUCCCUGCCGGAGCAUGUGCGCGACUACGUGCGGCGCUGCUACAGAGCAUCCGCGAGCCACCGUACGGGGCAGCAGCGGCGACGAGUCGGGCCGCUAUCGCGCCUGGCUGCACGCCGCCUGCUGCGAGGCCACGCCGCCGGCCGUGACCCUACAGAGUGGCCAUACCUGCGAUCUAGCACUUGCAGGCGGUCGCCUGGUCAUCUACCGCCACCGCACGCUGCUAGUCAUCGGCGGCCGCGCCGCAGGCACGCCCUCACCCAGCCCCGGCCUGCCGCGCGGCCGCUCUGCCGCCGACUCUGGCACCGCUGCGCCCCGCGUGCUGCGCGCUGCCGACACGGGCACCAACACAGAGGAGCGCCACCCCUCCCAGCUCCCCGACCAGAGCCGCAUGCACGGCGGCGGCACGGAGCUGCGGCCGCUUAGGGGCGCGGUGCGGCUGCUGCAGCGGCCGACCGAGCCGCACAAGGGCGGCGGCGGUGGUGGGGCUGCGGGCGGCGGCGCGGGUGGUGCCGCGGCGGGGGCAGGGGGUGUCGCGGCGGCGCACUAUGAUGCCGACACCAUGGGCGGUAUGGAGUUGGGAGGCGGCCCGGUGGCCUGGGACCAGCCCGCUGGCCGGCUGGCGGUCCGCGGGGCGCCGCUGCCGGCCCUCGAGGGCUGCGCCGUUGCCACGUACGGCGCCUGUGUGCUCAUCCACGGCGGGUUCACGCCCGCGGACGGCAGCGGCGGCCUGGCCGCCAUUGCCGCCGCCAGCCCUGGCGCCGCCACGUCAGACCUGCGGGCACUGGUCCUGCAGCCCGACCCCAUGCGGCCCCUGCCGGGGGAGCACCGGGUCGUGCGUCGUACUGUCGUACGGCAGCUGAUGCCGGACGGGUCGGAGUACGGCGAGGGUGGCGGGGGAGAAGGAGGAGAAGGGGCUGGGGCUGGAUUUGGAUCUGGAUUUGGCCUGGCUGGGGCGCCGCGGAACUGGUGGGAGGCGGUGGGCGGCGCACCCGCGCCGGCGCAGGCAGGUGCAGCCUUGGCGGCUGGCGGCGGAGGCGCCGGUCAGGCUCAGGGUGCAGACGUGUGGCGGCAGCCGCCUGGGUCCGCCGCGGGUGCCGCGCCAGGAGCAGCCGCGCCAGGUGCAGCGCAGUCGGCGCAGGGGACAGACCAACAGCGGCAGCUGGCAGCGGCGGCAGCGGCGGCGGCUGCCGGUUGCGGCGCGUCCCGGCCGUGCGCGCCACCGUCGGCACGUGCGGGUCACCACAUGGCUGUGGACAGCCGCACGUGCCGCCUGUGGAUGUACGGCGGCUGGCGCCACGUCAGCACCGCCAGCCCCUCCAUUUGGGGCUCCGGGGCGUACGGCGGCGCUGCGGAUUUAGAUGUGGCGGCGGCGCCGCCAGAGCGGCGGCCGGCUGAUUCGGAGCCGUGUUGCUACUGGGCGCAGCUGCCUAGCUCGGGUCGGUCAGAUGGAGACAGUGGCGGUGGUGGUGGAGCGGCAGCGGGAGGAGGGGCAGCAGGAGCAGGGGCGGCUUGUGCCGCUGGUGGGAAUGUGCUUGAGGCAGGGGCAGGUGGAGGCGGCGGUGGCGGUGGCGAGGGAGGUGGCUGCAAGGGAAGCAGCGGUGGCGUGCCGGCGUGGCGGGAUGCCGCGUACGUCGGCGGUGAGGCGGUGGUGGAGCAGGUGACGUGGCACCGCCUGCCGCUGGUGGCGGCAGCGAGUGGCAGUAGCACCGGCGACACUGGCAGGUGCAGCAGCAGCACCAUGGCGGGCGCCGCCUCAAGGCGAGACGGCGCGGCGGCGGCGACGGCGCCGCCCUUUCCUGACCCGCUGAGGACGCUAGCUGUGCGUGUGCACGACGGCGCCCUGUAUGUGCUGUCCACCACCUCGCGCCCGGUGCCCGGUGCACCGCACCACCAUCCGCAGCACCUCAAGGCGGCAGCGGCCGCCGGCCGCCACCCCGCCCUCCGCGGCCCGGCGGCGCCGCCCUCGCCCGCCUGCCACCGCUGGCUGCUGCACCGCAUUGACACGCGUACGGGACUGUGCCAGCUGCUGCAAGAGCCGCCGGAGCUGCAGUGCAUCAGAAACAGCAGCAGCGCCAACACAAGCAAUAGCGGUAGCAACGCCGGCGGCGGCUGUAGCGUCAGUGGCGGUGACGUGCCCGUGUACGACGAUGACGCGGCGGUAAUGGCGGAUGACGUACUGCCUUACUUUUACGUGUACGGCAGCAGACAGCUGAGUCAUGCCGGCGCCCCUUUCGAGCCGGCCAUCUUCCGAUUGGACCUCCGGGCGGCGGCUGCGGCAGUGGCUGCAGCCAAGGAGCCUGGCAGUGGCGGCGGCGACGGCUGCAGCGGCGACUUCAGUGGUGGUGGGGGAUGGUGGGAGCGGGUGCCGGUGGCGGGAGCUCAGCGACUGCACGCGGCGCGUGGGGCGCUGGGCGCGGCGAGCGGCGGCACAGUGGUGCUGGUGGGCGGUGUGCGGGACGCGCGGCGGGGUGUGGAGGCGCGGGUGCAGGUGGCGCUGCCGCCGCUGGCGCCUCCGAGCGGAGGCUACGGUGGCGGCGGCGGUGCGCAGCAGCGGCCCGGCUCUGAUGACCUGGCUGCGGCCCGCUGCCGGCGUGUGCUGGCGGAGCGGCUGCGGGCGGCGGCGCCGCGCGAGGUGCACUUUGCGCACCCGGACGCGCACGCCGGCGGCAAGCCCUGUCCCGUGCUGGCGGCGGCUCUGGCGCUGUACUCACGAAGCAGCCUGUUCGACGACUUCUUUCUUGGGACGCUAGAUGACGAGGACGAUGAAGGCUUCGGUGGCGGUCGUGGCGGCGAGCUGUCGUUGUCGCCAGGUGGCACCAAGCGCCCGCGCGCCCCCGCGCCUGUUGGCAUGUCGCUGCCGGGUCACGAGCCGCUGGUGGUGGCGGCGGCGGCGGCGUGGGUGAUGGGCCGCAGUGCCGUGCGGCCGGAGUGGGACGCGGCCUUCAUCGGGCAGCUGUUCGACCUGGCGCGCUGCUGGGAGCUGGCUGCGCUGCAGCACGAGUGUGUGCGCGCGGUGGUGCGGCGCGGCCCCCUGCUGCCGCUGCAGCAGCUGCCGGCGGCGCUGUCGCUGUGGGAGCAGGCGCGGCAGGCGGCGGCCGACGACGAAGCUGUGGCGGCUGCAGCUGCUGCUGGGACCGCUGCUAGAGCGGCGGCAGUAGCGUCAGCCGCCGCAACAGCAACUGGGCAAGGCGGUGGGGCGACUAGCGCCGCUCCUUGCGUUCUUGAAGCAGCAGCUGCUGGCGGCGCCGCCGUCGGGUCGGGCUGGUCGGCGCUCAGGCCCAUGCGGCAGCUUGCGGAAGGGUGGAGGCGGCGGCUGGAGAGGUCUGCCAGCGCCACAGCCGCCAGCGGUGGCAAUGCCGCCAGUACCACCAGCAGCGGCAGUAGCAGCAAGGAGCUAACAGCGGACAACAUGUUUGCGAUCAUGGAGGCAGCCCGCGCGGCGGCAGCCGUGGCGGAGGCAUAUGAAGCGGCCGGCGGCAGCAGUAGCAAUGACAGUAGCAAUGGCGGCGGCAGGAGCUGCAGCAGCAGUGGCUGUAGCAGUGCGCUGUUCAGAGACCUCCAGCACGGCUGUGUGCGGGUGGCGGGGCAGCUACUGCUGCUACAGCCGACUGGCUGCGGGGGCGGCGGCCCGCAGGAGGGCCGUACUGUGGCGUUGUUCGCCUGCCGGUUUGAGGUGAUGCCACUGCUGUUCACAGCAAUGCGCUGGUGGGAGCGGCGGCUGGCGGCCGCGCUGAUGCGGGGUGGUGCCGGAGGCGGCAGCGGCAGCGGUGCGGCUGGCGGUGCGGCCACCGCCCCGCCACCCGCGGCGCCUGUGGCUGAGGAGCUGCGGCAGCUGCUGCUCCUGCUGGCGGAGCUGCAGGACCUGGACGUUGAGCAGCAGCGCUUGCAGCAGCGGGCGGCACAACGCAACCAGGCCCUGUCCUCCUUGCAGCAGCAGCUGCAAUCACAGCCGCACAGCAUGUCGCCGCCCGCCAGCAAGCGCGCCCGACAGGCCCAGACGCAGGCCCUGGCUGGGGAGGGCGAGGAGCAGGAUGAGGGGGAGGAGAAGCAGCGGGGGGAUGUGCCAGCCACGCUGCCAGCCCAGCUGCGGGCCUGGCUGUUUGACGUCCUGCGCCAGCGCACGCAGCCGGUCGCGGCGCUGGCGGUGCUGACGGCGUUUGGGCGCUGCUGCCGUCCUGCCGAGGAGGAGGAGGGGGAGGAGGAGGAGGAAGAGAAUGGUGGGUGGCGGCGGGGCGGCAGCGAAAGACAGCCGUCGCUGAGCGCGAGUGCUAGGGCUAUAGCAGCCGGAGGCAGCCGCAGUGAAGGCAGCACCACCACCACCACCACUAACAACAACACCUCUAGUGGCAGCGGUCUUCCUGUUCAGGUGGAGGCCGCCCUGUUUGACAAGAUGACUCGCCUCACGCCGGCGCAGCUGCUGGCGCUGCCUGUGACGUUCCGCACCCGCGGGCACGCCGACCAUACCCGACUGGACCAGGCGCGGCGGCGGCUAGGCGUGGGCGUGGGCAGCAGUGGAGGCGGCUUUGGCGCCGGAAGCGGAGGAGGCGGCAGCAGCGCGGUUGGAGUGGUCCCGGGUGCGGCCGCAGAGCUGCAGGGCAGGCCGCAGCCGCAGGAAAGCUGUGGCGGGCCGCCGGGGCCAGGUGCGCGGGAUGGAGCGCUGGCUUCGAGCGGGGGCGGAUGCGGCGGCGGCGGCGUGGGGGCCAGCGGUCACAGCAGCUGGGGUGCGGGGCUGCUGCUUGCGAGGCAGUAUGCGGAGUGGUUGCAGGCAAAGGAGACGCGAGCUCGGGCGCCUGCGGCAGUGUAGUGGCCACCGAAAGCAUAUUGGAUACCGGGUGCAGGAUGAGGAGCGUCUGCAGCGUGUGGGCGUAGGCGCGUGCGAUGGAAACAGGAGCUGGCGGGACCGAUUGACCUUGGGCAGCAAGUGUGCCUGAAGCCUGAACCCCCUUGGACGGAUCGUACUGGCAGCAUUUGAACUCUAGAUCGAACGCUCUGCCCUGUGCAGUAGUAAUGCUGCGCAUCUUGAAGCGCCCUACUAAUUUCUACUGACAGAGGAAGAAGUAUGGCUGCAUUACUAAGGGACGCUAAGGGGGGCCAAUCAGGGGCGUGGAAGCGGGUUGAUGGGUUGGUGUCAUCUUUCAUGCAGCUCUAUAUCAAUGCUUAACAAAUAGGACAAUAAGAUAAUAAUAUCAAUUGUCAGCCAAUCGGCUGAGGUUUGCAGGAUGGGUUUUUUGGCGGGCUAGCACCAGAUCAACGGCUCGGCCCUAGAAAGGUUGACACUUUGGCAAAUCCAUCACGUACGCGACGAAAUAACAUUAUAUGUGGCCAUAAUGGUAAAUGCCGCUAAGAAAGGU